AUGGAGGUCUCGAGUUUUGGGGUCGUUCCGAUGAGAUUCUACGCCAACUGGGACACGGACCGGGCUUCGAAUUACAGCAUUCCGAGGUAAGGACUCUUAGUUUUAGAGUUUUGUAACAGCUUUUAAAUUCUUUGAAAUUCUGUACCUAAAGUUACAACAUUUUUACAGUUUUCACAUUUAAAAAAAAUUGUUUCAAAUAUUUAUAAAGUUACUUUAUUGAAACAUGCAAUAACACAAGGUGAUUUGAAAUUGAAAUGACUUUUUGUACUUUAAAAGUCUUAAAGAGUUAUUAGCAUCGCUUGUCAUGAUUUAACCACGAGUAAAUUCGAAAUUAAUGAAGCUCGGAGCUGGGUGUUUUUGUAAAGCUGAUUCAAUGUACAAUACAAUAACAUUAAAAGAUGGAUCGAAGUAUGAUAAUUUGUUAUUUAAACUUUCGGAAUAAAAGCACAUUGUUUUUUCAAUGUCAAAGUAAUUUUACAUUUAUUUGUACAGUAAAGUAAAAGUAAUGUUCAAGUUUAUGACUAGGUUUAGGUAUUAAACCCUACUAAUUAAAAAGCUGUAUAGCAACGUAGGAUUAUACCUAGUUUAACAGUAAACAAUUGCUGUAAUCUGCCACUUACUAUAAUAUUGUGCUUACAGAGCCCUGUCCAUGGUGUUGUCUCGUUUAUCCUUCCUCAAGUCUCUGGAGACCGAAAAUACGAUAGUAAUAUGUGUUCGCCUCCAAGGCCAUAAAAGAUCCCUUCGGUCCAACGACAUUACUGUUCCCUCCAUCCAACAAGGCGUACGAAUCGACUUGGACAUCUCAUUCAUAAUACAGUACUCCCAUUUCGUCAAACGCAAAGCUAACGUACUCGAGAUCUUUAUUCAGAGACGGAAAAAGUACAAGAAUCGACAGAUUCCAGGCUUUAAAACAUUGGCAGCCGGCUUCCUGAACCUGGAUGAUUUGCUGCAGAUGGGAGGGUCGAGGGAGGUUAAGAUAUUCUCCAUGAAUCAACUCAGUAAGCCGGAUGUGGAUGUUAAUGGUGAAUGUUUUAUCGUUUUACUAUAAUAAUAUAGGGUUUAAAACUGUAUUUUUAAUGCUAUUUUAUACGUAUUCCAGGCUUUUUUAAGCUUAUUUAAAAUUUCAUGAAUAAAAUCUAUUUUUGAUCUCUCUUUAAACCUUAUAUUGUAAUAGGUCUGUCUAUCUGAGUUAUUUUAAGCUAGUUUCGUUUAGAUUCGCACGUCGCCACAAUCUUCAUAUCGCAUUGCCAGACGGUGGCGAUUGAAAGUGGACAAAAGAGCCUGAAACAUUCCAUGGUCAAGGAUCUGACAGCUCGAGACGACAGCGAAGAUGAUGUAUUGGAAGAUGAGUCAAGUGGUGAUAGCGAGGAAGAGGUACAUGACAUUGUUGACUACGAAACUCCUAAUAGACUGCGGAGAAAGCGGAGGUCGACAAAGAAAAGCCAGAAGAAUCUGAAGCAGCGGCUGACCAAACUCCUGAGACGAUUCAAAGUUCAGGAAGAAAACGUAAAUUUUAAAAUUUAUAUUAAUUUAGAUGGACUAGUUCAGAAUUCGUUUGUUUUAUCAAGUCAAAAGAGCAAAAAUGCAAAAAACAACAUUUAAGUCGCGAUAAAAGUACGAAAUCUUGAUUUCAAUUUUAAACACACAGCUUUUACCAAGUAAACAAGCAUACAAUAACAAAAGGUGUCAUUUAUAAGAAGAUUAUGUAAUAUUAUUAUUGAUUCAGAUCGACGAAGGCGACAAUCACUCGGUGUUAAAACCUACUGCUGAGGAAUUGGAGGAGAUAUUCGAAGAGCUGGAGAACAUCUCGGAUUCAGGACCUGAGAUCGAGAUGGACAAACUGAGUAUCCGGUCGAAUCCUCGCCCAGGCCUUCAUCGACCGUUCUUCGGAUCCAAGUCUGACAUUCUACCGGUAAUCGACGAUGCUGGGGCUUCUGAAGACUCGGAAAGUGAAGAACAGUUCAGUUCUGACAAUGACAAUCGCGCAGUUGAGUCGAGUCACAAUAUCAACAAGUUCGACAGGGUUCUGAAGCAUUCGAACACUAAUGGCAGCCUGAACUUUAACCCGAGUGACGUCAAGAACACGGACCUACCAUUCACAAUCAAUGACAUGGUAAGUCUAGGUUAUAGUAGCGUUUAUGACAACUUAUGAUUAUCUUAUUGUAGAUUUGAUUAGUUUGUUGUAAAGUUGUCUGUAAAUGUGCCAACUGACCUCAUGUUGUUAUAGCUAACCCGGUUGGACAGUGAUUCCUCGAUAGUGGCUUCGAAUGUCUGGAUUUGUUCAUCGACAGACUUCCCCUGGAUUUCCAAGGUUGACUUUAACUGUUUGAAGCGGACGAGAGUGCUGGACUGUCCCACGGCCUCUGAUGUGAGAACGGUCGUCCACAAUAUCAUAUCAAGGAUUCAGAAGUUGUAAGUUUUUACUUGAAUUCAGAUGGUAGAUUGUUACUUAAGUUUGUCUUUUGUUCGUCAAUUUACCACACAAUUUGUAAUCGGUUAGUGAUGUAGUCUACAGUAGAACACCAGUUGCAUUUUACGUACUAUUUUAGCUGCAACACAAACUCCGUGGCCCCAUCACCUACACUAAUCGGUGUAUAUGGUACAGAUCGGCAUGUGUCCCACAUUCUGCGUGCCUACGUCGACUUCCUCCAGAACAAGCCAACACAAGCGUGGAUUACUCAUCUCCGGUUCACUAUUCUAUGCCCACCGGCCUCUGCCCUCGGGAGAUUACUAUCGCAGGCAUCUGACACUGGCCAUUCAGAGGCAUCGUGGCGAUCCUUGAGCAGAAUCGCGACUCUUUUCGACAAUGGAGACGUCUGUCAAGCGAGAUUGAUGGACAUGGAGGAAGUCUUAUACAACGCCAUGAAUGCGGCCGUUAAUCCAUCUGAGAAUCGCCUACUUAACCUUCCCAUUGGCGAGGUAAUGCUCCAGUUGUCGCAGAACAACUUCGACUCAUCUAAUAAUGGCAAUCAGCCGGAAAACAAGUCGGAUUCACAACUCUUCGUGCCCUUCUUGUCAGAAAUCCACCUAGGAAACCUGGAAGAGCUCAACUACCUCUACUUUAUGAAGAAUUCAUUUGAUGACCCUGCUUCGCAAAGCAACAAUAACAGUACGCCGGCUUUGUUGCAUCAACAAAGCCAAUCUAACGUUCCCCAAUUAACCAGCAACUCCGCCUCAAUUUCCCCACCCGUAUCGCCUCAGCUUCCCAAGUAGGUUUAGCCUUAUUUUCAUGAUAAAAUGUUAACGUAAUUUUACAUUUUUGGCAAAAAGUAAUAUAGAAAAAAGGCUAAUUGCGCAUUAAGCUCACAAGUUAUGUCCACUUUUCGAUAAAAACUUUACAAAAGUAGUCCUGAAAUUAAUUUUAGGCAACAAGAAUCAAGUAAAGAACUGCAUCUCGAGUAUUGGACAGAUCUCCCGAGUACGUCCAUAGCUACUCAACCAAGCGAAAUCGACCAAUUAGACCAAAGUUUCAUGCAGAACACUCCUGGGUCUGCCAAAUCGAGUGUGAUGGGUAACAAAUACUCGAUCAAGGCAUCUUUAAGAACAUUAUCCAUUGCCAGAGAAUCGAUGUCCAGUCUUUUGUCGAUCCAAUUUGUGAAAGAGAAGAGGAAGGACAAGGUUCUGCAGAAGCUUGGACGAAAACCUAAAUCUGUAAGCGAUAUUGACUAUUAGGCUUUGUUUUCGCAAAACUCAUAUUUUUAAACUACGAAAAUUUUCAAUAUUUAAUUGAAAUAAUUUCAGAAAAGCUCCGAGGGCUUUGUCCACUCCCAAGCUCGAGUUGUCGCCAACGUCUCCCGCCUGUUAUGUUCAGGUGGGAAGAAUUCGGAACUCGAACUCUCGAUCGACGGUGUCUUCUGGAAACACAUCCGAUUCUUCCAAGUCGCUUCGCAAUGGCAAACUCACGUUAAACAGUUCCCUAUAUCAAUGCCCUCGCCUCCGCAAACUGCUCGCUAG